UACUAUCGCAACGAGGACUUGUAGGUCGUUGUCUUUUGCAGCUGUGUGUAUCAGUUGUGAAGUUAGGACGCCGGUUGGAAUAAUAGACAUGGUGUGAGACCUGCUUUGUCGUGUCGUUAGGCAAAUUUUCGAAUGGCACUUUUCUUUCAAUUUCGUGAUGGUGCACUAUCACGGCCCCAAACGGCUACUUCUUUUGCAGCUCAGAUCAUUUUCGCGCUUGAUCAUUUGAUAUUCCAAACUAAACAUCCUUCAGUUCCCCAUUUGUACCUCUAUCGGUGCAGUGCUUCAAUCUUGAUUCCAUUUGCCAGUGCGCGAAUGUUCUUGGUAAGAAGGGUAAGUAGUAACCAGAGUAGCCAUCGACGGUCAUCUGGUGUGGAUGCGAUUGAAGCCACUUUUUGAGUUAGUAGUGCUUGCUCUGUCAUGGGAAAAACAGAAGGAUGAUUGUCAACGACGUGGUAUUUCGAUAGCAGAUACUUUGAAAUGGGAGGCUGAAGAGGUCUGCAGCUUCUGAAGUUCUGAUAGAUAUAUUCAGGAACGUUGAAUAUCGUUCAGAGCGAUGUUUCAAUGGAUGGGAGGUGCGCGACGCAAAAUAGGAGCAACAAAAGAUUCAAAAUUAAAAAGGCAACGCGAGUUUUUCGAUCACCGCAAGGAGAAACAGAGGAGAACUGAGAGUGUGGAAGAAUCUAGAAAGCCACACACACUUGCUGAUUACAUACAACAAAAUCUACACGGGGGUGAAUCACUUGAUAUUCUUGGACUCCGGAAUUUGAAUCCCACUGCAGCUGAUGCUUGUACUACAGAAAACCCUGACGUCAACUUUCCCGAUCAUCCUGCUAAUGCUGCAGUAGGACCAAACUCGUGUGAUCUUGAAGAUUUGGCUGUCGUAACUUCGAACAUGAGCGCAUUUCCAAAUGGUGCCUUGAAGGAGGAUGCCCAAAUCAUCUCGUCUCAGCAGUCUGAGCGUACAACAAGAAGUCGCCGCAUCUUCGAAGAUUCCAAGAAACAGAAUCCUGAUUGCACUCAAUGGACAACAGGAGUUGCUGCUACAGCUCAACAAAAAGUCAAAAAACAUAUUAACCGAAACACAGGGAUUCCAGUGCCUGCUAAUUUAAGAAAUCCUAUUCACGUUGGAAACCUGCAGACGAAGAAAGUAUGUUCAACUGCUCCUCGAUUGAAGCAUUUCGACACGAUCAGCAACGAUGUCCCAGGUGGCAAUCGUGGUACAACGAGAUCACCUUCAGAAGAUUAUGCCGUCUUCUCUCAAGAAGAAUUUUACGCUAUCGACGAAAGCGCGUUUGAUCCAGUUGUCGAAAAUUCACAGCAGAUGUUUAAUUUUUCUCACAGUGAUGCGUAUUUGGUUGACACAAAACAACUUCACACUCCAUCGUUACAGUUGAAGAACUCCAGCGAGUCUCAUCUUGAAUCUUCAGCUCCAGAAACUUCUGAACUUUUAAGCAGAUUCUUAUCAACUCAGAAAUUGAAGGUGCUCGAACAAGAGGACGAGCUUGUGAACAAGCCCAGUGGUUCACAGCAGCAUGAGCGUUGGCAACUAACACACAACGAAACGACAGAUCUCCCUUACGAGGCACAUUCUUUGCCGAAUUCUGUCAAGGCAGCCAACGAGUGCCACAAUUUGGAUUUCUCUAAUCCUACUUUCAACAUGAUAAACGUACAAGUGAAGCAAGAACCAUCUGAAAUUGAUUUCUCCAAUGAAAAGUUCGUCAUCGAGGAUUUUCCCGUGAAGCAAGAGUUUAUUUUUUCUGACCCUUUCCUCAACACCAUGAAGUAUCAAGAGUACAGUCAAGAAAAUGAACGUUUGAAUUUCGGUUCCAAUAUCAGUGAUCACAGAAUGACUCAGGACUGUCAAUAUUUGGCAGACCUGAGCUACGAUGAGCCAGCUUUCAAAGUCGAUAGCAAGUCAUUCGAUUUAAGGGAAGGCUUGGAGUGUCCCAAUAAGGAUCCAACCACUUGGUAUUGCGGCACUCCGUUGAGCGCUGCAUUGACAGCUCCCAAUUCCAAGGGAGAGUUUCCUUUUCUUGAUCAUUUGAAGUUAACCAAGAUUCCGAGCAGUGUUGGAUCACAAAACAAAGACUUAUGCCAAUCCGGAAGCUAUGAGGUCUCUCCACCAUAUCUGACAUGCCGGAAAAAACAGUUCAACCUGGGCAUUGCUGAUGUAAACAAAGAUAAUUUUUUUGACACGAUUGAAAUUUCCUCCUCUCAGCUUGAAGAUGAAGAAUUUGCAACCGCGAAGUUCGACAACUUGCAGUUCCCAGUGGAUGAAUUGGAGUUUGAGGGGCAGCAAACUGAAGCAGCUUUUUUCUCUCUGGAUCUCCACUCACCAAGCCAAAUGAAGAGGAAUCAGUGCAAUUUCGGUAGUGAAUCUCCAGUUUGUUAUGACGAUUUGGUUGGUAAAAACUGCACAAUAACCGAGCGGUGGAAUUGCGAGUCUUCUGUACCAUGGGACGCUCUGCAUCAGCAGGAAAUCUUUGAUCCUGCUAUUUCUGGGAAAAACUUAGGCCAAAUGCAUGAUCUUAAUGACGAUAACUCCUGGUAUCACAUCGCAGCCGGAAAGGAUUUGCUUGAUGGAUUAAAACAGGAUAUAGAGCAGCAUUUGUCAGCAGAUCAUUUCUCGGACUGUUCAUCCGUUGAAGUAAAUGUAAUAAAAGGAAAGGAACAGGACAUCAAUAAACUGCCCUUUGAAGUUCAAGCAAACAAGAUGUGUCUAGAAACCGUUGAUUCACCCAAAGGGGGGAAAGAUACUACAACAGCUAAAACAACGUCCAUUACCAAGCUAUUACUGGAGGAUAAAGACUUAGCUUGUGAUACAACUCUGACAAAGGAUUGUCACAAAUUUCGAAAUUGUUAUCCUCUCCUUCCAAUUUCGCUCAGAAGCCUCAGAAAAGAAACCGAAGUUCUGUCAUGGAAAAUCGAGUUAGAACCUCAGCGUGAAGUAUGUUCUGAAUUGCUGCAGACCCCAAAUACUAGGAUAUCAUCGUCGAAUUUGUUACCGACAGAAAGGGGGAAAAUCGAAGAUAGUCCAACCCAUCGUAGAUCCAGCGUUGAGAUGAACCAUUCGCCUUCAAAAGAAUUAUUCGAACACAGUAUACGGAAUGAAAUCAUACACAAUGUUGAGGAAGACUCUCUGGAAAUCUAUACCCUUUUUAAAGCAUUGCCUCAGGAGGAUAUCAAUGGUAUGAGCACAACUGAAGGGGGUCUGCUACGGAAGCAAUUAAGGCAAGAGGAUUCACAUGAUUUUCAUGGCCGAACCCCUUUCUCAAGUCAAGAAGAAUGUUCACCAGAAUUUCAGCUUAGAAAAGUCCAUACUGUUCUUUGUAAACUACAAAGACCUACCGAUUCUCGUAGCUCAAAGCAAGGUGAGGUUCCGGACCAAGGAGCUGGGAAUGUCAAUACUGUUCUUCUUAAAUUUCAAAGACCAGCAGAACCCUCGCACUCUGGACCUGGUCUCCAAGAUCCAGAAUCGAAUCGAAGUGCUGAAAAAAAUGUCAAACAGACAAGUGAUGUGGACCAGAUGAUAAACUCAGAAUUGGGGACCAAACCCAAUGUGGAAUGUGGAAUCAGGUUGCUGACGGAUUUCAACAUACAUGACAGCAGAGGAUCACUCACAUUACCACAUGGUGGGAGCUGUUGUGUGGAGCGGUCUGUUUCAAAACCGAACAAUUCGUGCUUAAACGAAGAUGUAGAAAUAAAAGUGCAAAGCGAAAUUAGUAAGCACAUGAGGAAAGAGAACAGAUCAAGUCUGCAUCAUAUUGACACGAUAGCCUCCACAGACCAUUGGGUUCCUGAUGAGCUCCACCAGAACGCAAAUGAAGAAAAAGCUCAUUCUCCACUUUCUGUACUUCAGAUCAAGGAAGGGCCUAAACUUUGCGCGUCUCCAGUUGAAAAGCAGAACUCCACUUCAAUCUCGCAAAGAAAUUCGACAUCGUUAAAACCAGAAAAGAAUCAUCUAUCCUUGGGCGUUACAGAUCCGCCAGCCAGAGAAGAAAAACAACAUUCACCUCCUGAAGUACGAAGGAUUGCAGAAUUGAUAGUGCCUGACGAAGAACGAUCAUUUCUUGGAGUUUCAGAUGCUCCGGUUACCCACACAGGUGCACUUAAAUUCUAUUCCAACACACCCCAAGUCUUUGAGAGGCAGGAAAUAAUAGAGCUUGCACACGAGCAGCAUGACCGAACAAAUAUCCAACGAAAUCCACCCCCUACUCAAGACGUCAAACAAGAUGCAGGAUCUACCACAUAUGACGCUGCUUACGUGAAAAUGCUGGAGAGCUACGUGGUUCAGCUCAAACUUGAAAACAACGUACUCAGAUUCUCAAGUGGUUCGUAGAGCUAACUGAUCCUGUAUCAGAUGUUUUCAUAUUUCAGUUUUAGACUAGGAAAUUAGCCACCAAUUACACUACUUUAGAAUUUCUGGUACUUGAGCACCUCAAAAUCUUCACCCUCAGUAAGAGUUCUCAAUCCACACGCCUGACCAAGAAUAAGAAAGGGUCAACUCUAGCUGACGAGGAUAACAGCCAGAAAAUAUGACCUCAGUUUCUGUGCAGCAUGCUCCUGCUGCUCGUCUUAAGAGUUAUGUAGCGUUUGUUUGUAAUCCAAAAUCUGUCAGGCAUUACUUCCUGCCAGGUUUCACUAGCUACAGACCAAAGAUUCCAUGACCAUCUCCUUGUUGAUAAAAACUCCCAAAUUACAUCAUGUUCGUGACAUUACACUGAA